AUGAAUUCAUCAGUCAAUAUAACAGCUGAUUAUUCUACAACUCUAUUGAUUGAAGUCAUUAUUGACUUAACAGCUGAAAACAAUUCUAGGCCUUCUGUAAAGACAGCUCAAGCUGUUACUUCUGCUGAUUUGGAUUACGAUCCUCAUGAUAUAUUAAAUCAUUUUUUAGAACAAGAAAAUCAAGGAAAUAAUAAU